AUGGUGGUGACGGGCUCUGCCCGAGGCAGCGGCGGGGACCGCGCGCCCUCCCGGCGGCGGGGCUGCGGACUCGCGCCGGCCGGGGCCGCGGCGCUGCUGGCCGGGGCGAGCUGCCUGUGCUACGGCCGCUCCCUGCAGGGCGAGUUCGUGCACGACGACGUGUGGGCGAUCGUGAACAACCCCGACGUGCGGCCCGGAGCCCCGCUCCGCUGGGGCAUCUUCACCAACGACUUCUGGGGCAAGGGCAUGGCCGAGAACACCAGCCACAAGUCCUACCGGCCGCUCUGCGUCCUCACAUUCAAGCUGAACAUACUUUUGACUGGCAUGAACCCAUUCUACUUUCAUGCGGUGAAUGUGAUUUUACACUGUCUCGUGACUCUUGUCCUGAUGUACACCUGUGACAAAGCUGUCUUCAGGAACCGGGGACUUGCUUUUGCUACAGCGUUGCUUUUUGCUGUGCAUCCUGUUCACACAGAGGCGGUGGCUGGAAUUGUUGGCAGAGCCGAUGUGUUAGCAUGCCUGUUCUUUCUGUUGGCCUUUCUCUCCUACAAUAGGAGUGUGGACCAGCAUCAUGUUGGGGAAUGUUUCCCUCCCACCACUUCUCCCUUCUUCUUGCUGCUCAGUUUGUUUUUGGGAACCUGCGCGAUGCUGGUGAAAGAGACAGGCAUCACGGUGUUUGGAGUGUGCUUGGUUUAUGAUCUCUUUUCCCUAUCCCACAAGCAAGAGAAAUCGAGCAAUGGGGUCAUCCAUCAGUGCAGCCCUCAGCAGCCUUCGAACCCUCAGCCCCCCUCGCUGCCUGUGCACCCUCACCGGGAGAAUGGGAAGCAGCAUCGAUUUCCUCACCGAGGAGCUUGGGGUGGCUGCCACUCCCCAUCGCCACCAGAACCCAAGAGCAGUGGAUUCCCUGUGUCUCCUCGAGCUGUGUGGUCCAUGAUGAGGUUCCUUACCUAUUCCUACCUCUUGGCCUUCAACGUGUGGCUUCUGCUUGCACCCGUUACUCUAUGCUAUGACUGGCAGGUCGGCAGUAUUCCUCUGGUAGAGACCAUAUGGGACGUGCGGAACUUAGCCACCAUCCUUCUGGCAAUUGUCAUGACCUUAUUGAGCCUUCAUUGUUUAGCAGCCUUCAAGAGACUGGAGCACAAGGAAGUGUUAGUGGGCUUGUUGUUCCUGGUUUUCCCGUUCAUUCCAGCCAGCAAUCUCUUCUUCAGGGUGGGUUUUGUGGUGGCCGAGAGAGUCCUUUACAUGCCUAGCAUGGGCUACUGCAUCCUUUUUGUGCACGGAUUGAGGAAGCUCUGCACUUGGCUGAAUCGAUGUGGGGCCACCAUGCUGACCGUGUGCACUGUGCUGCUAUUAUUGCUUUUCUCCUGGAAAACUGUGAAGCAGAAUGAAAUUUGGCUGUCAAGAGAGUCCCUGUUCAGGUCUGGAGUUCAAACCCUGCCCCACAAUGCCAAGGUUCACUACAACUACGCCAAUUUCCUGAAGGACCAGGGUCGGACCCGGGAAGCGAUCUACCACUACAGAACGGCCCUCAGGUUGUAUCCUCGCCACGCAAGUGCCCUGAACAACCUUGGAACACUGACGAGAGACACAGCAGAGGCAAAGAUGUACUAUCAGAGGGCUCUCCAGCUAAAUCCGCAGCACAACCGGGCUCUUUUCAAUCUUGGAAAUCUCCUUAAGUCCCAGGAGAAAAAGGAAGAGGCUAUCUCCUUACUGAAGGACUCCAUUAAAUAUGGUCCCGAGUUUGCAGAUGCGUAUUCUAGCUUAGCUUCAUUGUUGGCUGAGCAGGAGAGAUUUAAGGAGGCUGAGGAGAUAUACCAGGCUGGAAUAAAGAACUGUCCAGACAGCUCAGACUUACACAACAACUAUGGGGUUUUCUUAGUUGAUACUGGCUCUCCAGAGAAGGCAGUGGCCCAUUACCAACAGGCCAUCACACUCAGCCCAAGUCAUCACGUGGCCAUGGUGAAUCUGGGGAGGCUCUACAGGUCCUUGGGAGACAACAGUGUGGCUGAAGAAUGGUACAAACGGGCCCUGCAGGUGGCACGCAAAGCUGAGCUGUUAUCACCUCUGGGAGCACUGUAUUAUAACACGGGCCGCUAUGACGAGGCCCUGCAGGUUUACCGGGAAGCUGCGGCACUUCAGCCUUCUCAAAGGGAGCUCCGCCUGGCCCUGGCUCAGGUUUUGGCCGUGAUGGGUCAGACAAAAGAAGCUGAGAAGAUGACCAACCACAUCGUGUCAGAAGAGACCGGAUGCCUUGAAUGCUACCGCCUGUUGUCAGCAAUCUACAGCAAGCAGGAGCACCACGACAAGGCACUCGAUGCUAUAGACAAGGCUCUCCAGCUGAAACCAAAGGACCCAAAAGUCAUAUCUGAACUUUUUUUCACAAAAGGAAACCAACUAAGAGAGCAGAAUCUUCUGGAUAAAGCUUUUGAGAGCUAUAAAGCCGCCGUGGAGUUAAAUCCAGAUCAAGCACAGGCCUGGAUGAACAUGGGUGGAAUCCAACACAUCAAGGGAAACUAUGUGUCUGCAAGAGCUUAUUACAAGAGAGCCUUCCAGCUGGUUCCAGAUAGCAAACUGCUGCAGGAAAAUCUCGCCAAGUUGGAUCGCCUAGAGAAACGAUUACAAGAAGUUCGAGAAAAGGAUCAAACGUAGCAGCGUUUGACCCAGUCGUGAGGAACAGUGCUGGUGCCUCUGGAGGAGGAAGAAGAGAU